AUGGCAUCAGCAGCAGUCCAACAACCCGGAGGACACUCGACGUCGUUCGAGCCCCUCGUGACUCAAGUCCAGGAGACCAAGACCACUCAACCUGAGAAACACCAUGUUCAGACGUCGUUGAACUAUUAUAAAGAAGCCGCUGAUGGAAGUCCGCCAGCACCAACCUAUGUGGGCAGGCCAGAGACAUAUGAACGACCUGUUCAGCCCUUUGACGUGACCAUCCAUGACAUUCGAGGCGAAGAGGACAAGUAUACCCUCGAUGGCCAAGGCUUCCAGAUCUACAAGCACUCGAGUGUGGAAAAGGACUUCAUCGACGAUGAACAGAUCAAGGCACAAUACUACCCGGAGGUUGAGCAGCUGCUAAAGGACGCAACUGGGGCCUCUCGCAUCUUCAUCUUCGACCACACCGUCCGACGCGCGCCCAAAGAUCAACGCAACGCCGACCCCAACGCGGCCAUCAACCUCCGCGGGCCCGUGAACCGCGUGCACAUUGACCAGAGCUACAGCGCGUCGAAAUCGCGCGUGCCACACCACCUCCCCGAGGAAGCCGACCGGCUCCUGCAGACGCGCUACCAGAUCAUCAACGUGUGGCGGCCGAUCAAGAAGAUCCUGAAGGACCCGCUCGCCGUGGCCGACGCAGACUCAGUGCCGGACUCGGACCUCGUGCCCGUCGGCCUCAUCUACCCGAACCGCAAGGGCGAGACCCUGACGGUGCGGCCCAACCCCGAGCACAAGUGGUACUUCCUGUACGGACAGGAGCCCGACGAGGUCACGCUGAUCAAGUGCUUCGACUCGAAGCUCGACGGGCGCGCCAGACGCAUCCCUCACACCGCGUUCAGUAAUCCCGCUCAUGUGGAUGAUUACUCGCGCGAGAGUAUUGAGGUCCGCACGCUGGUGUUCCAUGAGGAUGAGCCCGCCGAGUAG